AUGACAGGAAUUGAGCAAAUCUACCGUACGAGCGACGUUGUGGGCUCUUCUUUGGGGGUCAUCAUCAACACUUUGGUACUCUACAUUAUCAAACAAACUUUUUCCAAAAAAAUCGCCGCAUAUUCGAGGAUGUUGGUGGGCUCAACAACCUACAGUAUCCUUUAUGGGCUCGUCGAAUUUACCACUCAACACGUAAGGAAUUCAAAAGAUGUAAAAGUUUUGAUUUCAGUUGGAGACUUCACUAUAUUUUGAAAAUUUCAGGAGCUAUUUAUGAACGAUGGAAUACUGUUUUGUGUACCGAAGGGUUUCGAGAAGUACCUAGGUCGCACCUUUCUUCCACUUUUUUUGUUCCCUCACGUGACCUUGAGCUGCUUUGGACUCUACAUUUUACCGUGCAAUUAUCACUACGAGUAUUCACUGCUAUCUGAGUAGGUUCAAGUAAUUUAGAGGUAUCAGUCUGUCGGGAAAAUAAUGAGCAUAAUGUCGCUGCGCCGAUCGUAUCGGUGAAGUAAAAAGAAGAUUUUGCCGCGUGGCAAUGGACUUUUGGCUGCGACUUUCAAUGCGAUAGAGUGCUAACUUUUUCCCGACAGACUGAUAAAAAAAAUUUCUAGAAUCCCCAGCCCUGAUUUGUACAUAUACUAUCCCUCAAAACACUUACGAAGAUAGGCGCUAGGACUUUUCGGCUCAGCGACAGUUCGAAUAGACGAUACUUUGGGGGGCGCAUGGAUUCGGCGUUGUAUUCAUGGGGAGGCAAGGGGAAACCUCAGUUUACAGAAAGGGUAAGAUUAGUUACAUCGUAGGAUAGUUUGUUACUUUUCUGAGGUAUCUUACAUGUAGUACUGUAAGAAUAUCCUGAUAAAGCUUUCGGAUAUGAAAAAGCAGAGGUGAGCAAUCUCUAAGAUUAAUAUGUCUUCGCUAAGUCUCCGCCGAGCCGUUACUGAGCGUCUCCCAAACAUCCAACGGCUUUGCUAGACAGCGUAGGUACCUCCUACAACAUUUUUUUGGUUCUUCGUCUGCUCUGCGCUUCGUAUCGAUUGAUCCCGAACUGUCGUGGACCCGAACAGUCCAUACGUGUGAAUAUAUUGCAAAACGGGAAUUGCACGAAACAUAAAGCGUUUAGGGAUUCAUAUAUGACCGUUUAGAGUUCACACUACAAACAUAAAGACAUACAGCAUGUUCGCCCAUAAUGGGCAGACGAAAGACUAAUGGGAGACCACAAUAUGUAGACAAUAUUCUUCUAAUGGGAUUUACACUCUUGUCCUUUUCUGCAUUCAAUUUUUACAAAGCAUUUAUAUUUACAAACUUGCAAACACAUUAUUUCUGCAAGCAUACGAGUUGUUUUUCUAACAAAACACAUAAUACUUUUCAAAAUGGGAGUGUUACUUUCCCUAUAUGUCUUUGAACGAAAGGCCAACUUUCAAAUUUUUUCAUACCCUUGUAGAAUCUUUUUCUUUAGUCCCACCUCCGUAUCAAGAAACACAUUGCUUCGUAACAUUGCGGUCUCCUUGAUUGGAGCAAUACUCCCCGGAAUCCUUUCGUUAUUUGCGGCAAAAGCGGCAGGCGCCCGGCCAGAAAAGUACUACAAAGACAUGCUCUCCCCUGAAUGGCUCACCGAGGGAGAAUCCACUUAUAUGGUCCCAAUGGACGCAGUAAGUACACAUUAGAUGCAUUUUUAUUUCAUAAAAGGUCACCUAAAUUGUCUCUGUUGCAAAAUUUCAGCGCGACAUAGAGACCCAGGUGUACUUUGGGACGGUCGGUGCAUUAUCAACUUGUUUUUUCUUUGCCGCCCUUUAUUAUGUUUGGAAAAUCCGAAGGUUUUUUCAUCAGAAUCAGAAGAAGAGUACGAAAACAAAGAGUCUGCAGGACCAAUUUACGAGGGUUGUUAUUACUCAGGUAAGUAACAAGAAGACUCUCCCGCAUGUAAUAAUUGGAUUCAUAAAUCAUUAGGGACACCUUUUUGAAAACAUAGAUCAAAAACGAAAGGAAGCAUAUACCAUCGUAUAUGCCUUAGAAUAAGGUGAGAUAUCGCGCGGUCUUUCUAAUGUCAGUCUGUCGGGAAAAUAAUGAGCACUCUAUCGCAUCGAAAUCACAUCGCCGCCAUAAAAUGAAUUGUGGCGAGGCAAAAUCAAAAUUUUGCCUCGCAAAAUUGAAAUCGGUGGAGCGACAUUGUUUUCAUUAUUUUCCCGACAGAUUAAUAAGUUUGUUUUGAUCUCUGCAAAAGCCAAGCCAAAAUUAGUAAAAUUUGACCUUUAAGUUCCCUUUCAAACAAUAUCGAAAACUAAUAAUGUCUACGUUUGAACGAGCAAUACGUUCAGCACAUACCAUUCUCAUCAAAAAAUUUCAUUUCAGGGGAUCAACACCUUCUUCUUUGCCUUUAUUCCCUUGAGUGUUAUCAGUCUGGGAACCUUGGUGUACGUUCCUUUGGAGAUGAUGGGUUUAUUGGUAAUGAUCCCACUCUCCUGGCUGCCUGUGGCCAAUGGAUUAUAUUCACUGUUGGCGAUUCGAAAAUACCGAGAGUAUUUUUUGAGAAUGCUGGGGAAAAAGAAAAUCAACGCAGGGCACAGAAUGGUGUCUACAGUGACAGAAAAUACAAUGGGAACUAGCAAUACUAUGGCCACUGAGGAAGAGGAAGAGAAGUCACAUGGACAAUCUCAUUGA